AUGCUGAGUAUGGCACCUGCUUCUCCCUCAGCCUCUGUGCAGGUGAUGAACAGAAAGGUCCAGUCAGUCCAGGUGGGAGGAAACGUUACUUUUUCAUGCCGGUCAGUCACAAAAGAAGAUGUGAUACAGGUGACAUGGCAGAAAGAGACGGAUGGGACUGAAGACAACAUAGCAACUUACAGUACAAUUAAUGGCCAAAAAAUAGCCAAGGCCUAUGUAAGCCAUGUGAGUUUUGCCCACAGCGAGUUACAAGCCUCAGCCAUCUCACUUCAUGGAGUCACCCUCCAAGAUGAAGGAUGCUACAAAUGCAUCUUCAACACAUUUCCCUCGGGGGCUGUCACUGGCAGGAUGUGUCUCAAGGUUUAUGCCAUCUCAGACCCCAGAGUGGAAACUAAACUUAUAUCCAGUCCAGACAAAGCUGAGGAUUCUGAGAAAAUGGUGGGGAUGAGCUGCUCAGCAACAGGGAAACCAGCUCCAAAAAUAACCUGGCACCUCCCCAGCAUACUGCAGCAGAAACCAAAGGAGUACUACAUAAAGUUCAGCAACCAGACCGUGACUGUCAUCAGCAAUUUUACCCAUACCCACUCCAAAAUCCUUCGGGAGUACCCCAUCACCUGCAUGAUCCAACAUCCUUUUCUAAAUAUGACCCUGGUCCUGCCCACAGACAGCCUGGAGCAGGGUCCAGACAGCAGCAUGGCAUCGGCCAUUGCCAUUGCACUGGGGGUCCUGGUCCCCCUGACCUCCCUUCUCAUUCUCACCUGCUUCUUCUUCCACUGCCUCAGACACCUACGUGAUGCAGAGAGAAACCCAACCUGGCCCUGCUGGGUAGGUCUGCCUUUCCUCAGGGUGCUGCAAAAUUCACUCCCACAGGUCUUGAGGUUCAAUACCAUGACCUGGCUUUGCCCAGCCACACAAGGGCUGCCUGCACACUGCCCAAGCCAGGCUGAAACUGGGCUGGAGAGGGACACAGGAAUGAGCCCCCAGUCAGACAGCUGGGAAGGGGAAACCUGA